AUGAAGUUCUCCCUCGGCGUCUUGAGCAUUCUGCUCGCCACGGUAGCUGCUCAGACCGAGCAAGUAUGCACUCAAGAGCUCGUCAAGGAUGUUGACUGUGCCGACGUAAUCAACCCGACGGCCUGUUACAACAUGUUCCGCUUCAGGAACGCUCAAACUCUUUCGUGCAUCGAAGGAACGGACAACGCCGACCGAGCUCGCAAGCCGGGCAUGGAUCUAUACAGCACCGUGGCCCUGCACAUCUUCUACGGCCAGAAAGCUGGUGUUUUCUUUUCGGUCAGCGCAUGUGUCAUGAUCUCGAUCCUCUACUAUGCUAGCAUCCGUGUAGGUAGCCUGACGAUGGACGCUUGA